AUGGGAGCUCAGUGGUCUAAACAGAUCCAACGGCGAAAAGCAGUCAUUGCUGAAAGAAAAAGAUUAAAGAAACUCCAAGAAAAAUGUGGAUGUGAGUACCCCGGAUGUGAUUGGCAACCAUCAGACAGGAAAAACUGGAUGUUGGGCCUUGACCCUGAGAAACUGCAUAUCAACAAGAUUGUGUGGCCUGGAACCCACAAUUCCGCCACUGACAAGAUCGGCAUCAUGAUUUUUACCCGCCCGUUUGCUCAAUGCCAGUCGCUAUCUAUUUACCAACAACUUUUAUGUGGGGCUCGUGUCCUUGAUAUUCGAGUUGAGGAGAAUGGGAAUGCCUGUCACGGGAUUUUGACAACAUACAAGGUUGAUGUUGUCAUAGAAGACAUUAAAAGGUUUGUUUAUGAAACUGAGUCGGAGAUUGUAAUUCUUGAGAUCAGGACUGAGUUCGGCCACAAGGAUCCCCCGGCAUUUGAGAAAUACUUGGAAGAGCAACUCGGGGAGUUGUUGAUCCAUCCAGAUGACAACACCUUUGAAAAAACAAUAGCAGAGAUCUUACCAAGGAGAAUUAUAUGUGUCUGGAAGCCCCGAAUAUCACCUGAGCCAAAAGAGGGAUGCCCGUUAUGGAGUUCAGGUUAUUUGAGGGAUAACUGGAUCAACACUGAUUUACCAGCAACAAAGUUCGAGAGUAAUAUGAAGUAUUUGAGUCAGCAGCAGCCUGUCACUUCCCGGAAAUACUUCUACAGAGUGGAGAAUACUGUAACACCCCAGGCUGAUAACCCGAUUGUGUGUGUGAAAGCAGUUACCAACCGGAUUCAUGGGUAUGGAAGAUUGUUUAUAGCACAAUGUUUUGCACAAAAUUGUGCCAAUCGUCUACAGAUUUUUUCCAUAGAUUUCAUAGAUGAGGAUUUUGUUGAUGCUUGCGUUGGGCUUACCAAGGCAAGAAUUGAAGGGAUGGCUUGA